AUGGAUAGUUCAGCUUCAUCAACCGAAAACGACGCAAGUGCGUCAGCUCCAAGCGGUUCUAGCGGGCUUACUGGCUGCGAAAGUGCAGAUGUUAUAUGGAAGAAGACGGUGUCGUCUUCAACAUCAUCAGAUUCAUAUGGAUCUACACUUUCGUCGAUAUCGUCGAUAUCGUCGGCUUCGCCAAUCGUAUCAACAUCAUCGUCAUCAGACAAUGAUGUAUCAUCAAGUGGAUCGUCAGCUGCGCCACCACCCGGUUUUGCUAUGCACCAAGUACAAAGCCAACGGCCAGAUGACAUGCGUCAAUAUGGUGCAACUUUUUUCACUUCACAGGAUGGAAGAACAGUUACCGAUUACCAAUAA